AUGGGGAUGGUACGACCUUUCUGGUCUUCUCGGCGACGAAGCUGCACUCGUCGAUGCGAGCAGGCGGCGGAACGGUGGUGGCUGCAACGCUGUGAUCUCUUGAAGUCCCUGCAGCUUGUCUUGAAGGCACGUACCAAGCAAACCGCCCGGAAAUCGACCGGAGGCAAGGCCCCAAGGAAGCAGCUGGCCACCAAGGCAGCCCGGAAGUCUGCUCUGGCGACCGGAAGAGUGAAGAAGCCUCACCGCUUCAGGCCGGGAACGGUGGCGCUGAGAGAGAUCAGGAAGUACCAGAAAAGAACAGAGUUCCUGAUCCGCAAGAUGCCAUUCCAAAGGCUGGUGAGGGAGAUCGCCCAGGACUUCAAGACCGAUCUGAGGUUCCAGAGCAGCGCCGUGGCGGCGCUCCAGGAGGCGGCGGAGGCGUACUUGGUGGGACUGUUCGAGGACACCAACCUAAACAACUUUUAA